CUCAGCUCGCUGAACAUCUGGAAACCAAAUGUUAUAAAGAAUAAAAACGAGUGAGAACAGCAAAUAAUUUCUAUAGACUGUGCCAGAAGAGAAGUGAACAUGAUGCUGUUGCUGGUUGGGUUAUUCUUGCAGUUGGUGACUACAGCAUGGGGACAAUAUGACUACUACUAUUCACAGCACGACUACUCACCAGAUGACCAAUGGGCCAAUCAAUUUAGACAAGGGUUUAAUUUCCAGUGUCCACAUGGACAGGUAGUAGUUGCAAUACGGAGCACAUUCAGCAAAAAGGAAGGGUCCGACAGACAAUGGAACUACGGAUGCAUGCCUACACCUUAUGAUCUUGGUGAGCCUACAGAAUGUUGGUGGGAAGAGAUUAAUAGGGCUGGAAUGGAAUGGUAUCAAACAUGUUCAAACAAUGGGCUGGUUGCAGGCUUUCAAAGUCAGUACUUUGAGGCAGUUCUGGAUCGAGAAUGGCAAUUUUACUGCUGUCGUUACAGCCGAAGAUGCUCCUAUGCUUGUUGGCUGACGCAAGAUUAUCCUUCUCAUUAUGGAAAAGAAGUGGAUAUGGUUCUUUACUCAUAUGGAUAUUACAUCAGAGGAGCAACUACUACAUUCUCUGGAGUGGAAAGGGAUCGCCAGUGGAAGUAUAUAGUAUGCAGAAUGACAGACUUCAACUGUGAAUUUGAAAACUUCUAGAAAUAUGUCCUUCCUAAAAAUGAUUCAAAAAGGAAAAAAAUGCUAUUUCUGCUUUUUCUAUGCUACAUCUGUUUAAAAUGUAAAAUCUUUUAAUGUUUGAGAACAAAUGCAGAAGGGUAGUUAAAGGGCCAUUAUACCUUUUGUUUUAGAUUUUAACAUUUAAGCAGACCUCAUUUGUAAUUUAAACAGCAUCAAGUAAGUAAAGGGACUUUUUUUGCUUAAACUCUUAAGGGAAUGGAUGUACAAACAUAAGGUUUGUGUAAUAGUUUUAUUAAAUGUUCGAACAAAAGUUUAAUGGCAUAUAUAUAACAGCGUUAGGUUUAGUAUAUUGAUGUUUGCUAGAAAACACUAUAUAAUGCUCACUUUGUUUUACAAAUACAACUACUACAAAUACUUAAGGAUACAGUGCACAUUAGCACACUAUUGGGAAAAACAUAAAAAUGUACAUGAAAUAUAGAAAAUAUAAAUUUAUGCAUAAUAAAUUCUACGCAGCUUUUAAA